UUAGAGAUUCUCAGUAAACUGUCAGCCACAGAGAAGACAAGCGGCCGCACCUGGGAUCUUGAAAUGGAUAACUGUCUGCUCUUCCUUCUGCUCCUGCUGAUGGGUAGAGAUGGGUUUUCUCAGGAAUGCAUUAAGACGGGAAUCAACUCCUGCGAUGACUGCAUCAGAUCUGGCCCUUACUGUGAAUGGUGCAAACAACUGGAUUACAUCAAAAAGGGGGAACAGGAAGCAGUUCGGUGUGACACCAGGGCCCAACUGAUAGCAAGGGGCUGCUCGGAGGGAGAAAUCGUCUCUCCAAAGAAUAACGAAACCGUUGUCAAAGACAAUCCUCUGUCUGUCACAUUUGAACAGCAGGAGCCCGUCCAGCUCCGUCCUCAAGAGAUUAAACUCAAAGUGCGACCUGGACUACCUACCACAUUCAGCGUGUCUUUUAGAAGGGUCGAGGGCUAUCCAGUUGAUCUCUAUUACUUGAUGGAUCUGUCCUACUCCAUGGCAGAUGAUUUGCAAAAUGUCAAAGAACUUGGACAAGAUCUUUUUGCAGCUCUGAAGGGAAUUACUGAACAUGGUCAAAUAGGUUUUGGCUCUUUUGUCGAUAAGACAGUCCUGCCUUUCACCAACACCAACAAGGAGAAACUGCAGAAGCCAUGUGAUAACGAUGAGCAUCAGUGCCAGCCUGCCUUUGGCUACAGGCAUGUACUAAGCUUGACAUCGAAGGAGGCUGAGUUCAGAACAAAAGUCAGCCAACAGUACAUUUCUGGGAACUUGGACUCUCCUGAAGGAAGUCUUGAUGCCAUGAUGCAGGCCGCCGUCUGUGGUGACAAAAUAGGUUGGAGGAACAGCAGCACCCGACUGAUUGUACUCACCACUGAUGCUGGAUUCCACAUGGCUGGGGAUGGCAAACUGGCAAGCAUUCUGGAGCCCAAUGAUGAACAGUGCCACCUUGAAAACCAGCUUUAUGUCAAGAGCAAUGAAAUGGACUACCCAUCGGUUGGACAGUUGGCUACACAAUUGGAAAGAAACAAUAUUCAGCCCAUCUUUGCUGUGACAAAAGAAGUAGAGAGAGUUUACACGCAACUCAAGAAAAUGAUUCCAAAAUCUGAAGUGGGAGUUCUGUCAGCAGAUUCGAGAAAUGUUGUUGAUUUGAUUGAAAGUGCCUACCGUAGGUUGUCCUCCAAAGUAACUUUGACCCAUGAUAAUCUCCCUGAAAAUGUCAGAGUCACAUACAAACCUAUCUGUAAACAUGGUGGACCAGCAGGGGACACCGAAGGAGUUUGCGACAAUGUUGCUGUGAGAGAGGAGAUUUAUUUUAACGUGACUGUAACAGCAGACGAGUGUAUGAAGGAGACGGCUUUCAUUAUCAGACCACGUGGCAUUAAAGAUACACUGAAAGUGACGAUAUCCACAAUCUGUGAGUGUCAGUGUAAUGACCCUGUUGACAACAGCCACCCAUACUGUAAUGGUACAGGCCAAGUCAUCUGUGGUACUUGCAGAUGUAAUCCAGGCUUUGUGGGUCAGACCUGUGGAUGCUCCAUUGGUGACAGGGACGAACGGGCUCUAAAGGCAUCUUGCCAGAGGGACGGUGGUACUAUAUGUGAAGGUCGAGGAGACUGUGUGUGUGGCAGGUGCGUGUGCCAUGCCAUGCCGGGCGGCGCCAAUUAUUAUGGCGAAUACUGCGAGUGUGACGAUGAACACUGUGAGAAGUACCAGAAUCAGCUCUGUGGAGGAAAUGGCAAGUGCCGCUGCGGCGAAUGUAAAUGCAAUGCCGGAUAUGAGGGCUCAGCCUGUCAGUGUAAGAAGUCAGAUGAGCAGUGUCGCACCGAUGACAACACCGUGUGCUUUGGCAGAGGUGUCUGCAAGUGUAACCAGUGUGAGUGUAAUGAUGGAUACCAGCCUCCCUACUGUGAGACAUGCAUUGGCUGCCCGGACUCCUGCCAGACCAAACGUAAAUGCAUUGAGUGCCUUGGUUUUGGGACAGGCCCCUUUGCUAAGAACUGUACAGAAGCUUGCAAGAGCAUUUUUACGCACAACAUGGUAAGCUCAUUCCCCCAGACAAAAAAGACAUGCCAGCAGAAGGACUCCGAGGGUUGCUGGAUGAGAUUUAAGCUGGAGCAGCAGCUUGGAGUGGAUAACUACACAGCUGAGAUCCUAGAAAGCAGAGAAUGUCCAGAGUUGCCAAACAUUUACGCCAUAAUUGGUGGCUCCAUCGCUGGUGUGGCUCUCAUUGGCCUCCUGAUACUGUUACUCAUCAAAGGCCUGAUCUACAUGAAUGACCUGAAAGAGUUCAGGAAGUUUGAAAGUGAGAAGAAGAAAUCCAAGUGGGCAGAGGCUGACAACCCGCUGUUUGAGAAAGCCACCACCACUGUGACCAAUCCAACCUUCACUGGAGAAUGAUCCCUCUCAUUGCAAUCUGUCCCAGAUUUGCAUGCAAUACUGAGUACUUGUGGAAAGAGCUCAGUUAAAUACAUUUGCAUUCUGUCUGUAAUAUGCUUGUGUUUGCACAUGCAAGAGAAUAUAUGUUUUAAUGCCGGUCUGUGUAAGAGGAGAAAAUGUUACUGUUUUAUCCCUAUAUUGUCCAGAGAUCACACUUAAAAA